AUGGCCUCGGCGGCGGCGGCGGCGGGCGAAGCGGAGGAGACCACCCGGCUGCGCAAGCCGCGCUUCUCGUUCGAAGAGAACCAGAUCCUGAUUCGUGAGGUGCGCGCCCACUACCCGCAGCUCUACGGCGCGCAGAGCCGUCGGGUGAGCGUGGCCGAGCGGCGGCGCGUGUGGGACGGCAUCGCCGCCAAGAUCAACGGCAUCACCAGCUGGAAGCGCACGGGCCAGGAGGUGCAGAAGCGCUGGAACGACUUCAAGCGCCGCACCAAGGAGAAGCUGGCACGCGUGCCGCACUCCACGCAGGGCGCCGGGCCCGCCGCCGAAGACGCCUUCUCCGCGGAAGAAGAGACCAUUUUUGCCAUCCUGGGGCCCGGUGUGGCAGGGCCAGGGGCUGGUGCUGGGGCCGAGGAGCCCCCUGCGGCCGCCUCUUCGCAGCCGCCGGCCCCCAGCGCCUCCGCCCAACGCUGUGUGUUGUCCGAGGACCGCAGGGAGGAUCGACGGGCAGAUACGCUAGCCCAUGUCAAGGGGGACUCCAGCAGCCCAGAGCCCUGGGCUCAGCCCUCCUGCAAUCCUCAAGAAGGGGACAACCCACGGCCCAAGGAGUGUGAGUCCACGCCCUCUCCAGCCCUGCAGACGGUGCAGCUGCCCCGCCUGGCCUUGUCUCCACCACCCCCAGUCCCUCCACCACCACCCCCACCAUCUCUGCCGCUGGCCCAAGUGGCACCUUCGCCCCCCAGCUCCCCACUCCUUCCUCGGCCUCCGCCCACACCCUCAGCGCCAGACCCAUCCCUGGACUUCUUGCGGGCCCAGCAGGAGACUGCCAACGCCAUCCGGGAGCUGGCUGGCACUCUUCGGCAGGGACUGGCCAAGCUGAGUGAGGCCCUCAGUGCCCUGCUGCCUCUUCUGUCAGGAACUCCAGUGGACCCGCUGCCCCCACCCCCACCUCCCAGGCCUGUCUUGCCCCCACCUGCCCCCAAGGUGGAGAUCACCCCAGAGCCUGUGUCUGUGGUGGCUGCUGUCAUGGACGGGGCCGUGGUGGCAGCCCGGGGGGUGAUCAUCGCCCCCAGGAGUGAGGAAGGGGCACCCCAGCCACCCCCAGCCCCACUCCGUCCCCAUGACUCACCCCCACACAAGAGGCGAAAAGGUUUCCCUACACGGAAGAGGCGGGGCCGAUGGAAAUCUCCCUGAAAUCUGCUGUCCGUGCUCCUUCUGCCUGCACCCCCUCUCCCCAGCUUGGCGCAGUCGAGGGAGCAUUGCUUUUUGCCCAUCCCAGCUGCCCCCUGGCUCCCUGCUCCAGGGGCAUAAGCACUCCACUCCCUGUGCUAGUUAGUGCCUGAUUGGCUGGGGGGGUCUCAUGGAUGGGCUUCCCCAGCCCCUUUCUCUGAUACAGUGCUUCUGCCUGGCUGCCUCCCUUAACCCUGACUUCUAAGCCAUCAAUUUUAUGUUAUUUAUUAUUGCCCUUUGUGGGGUGGUGAGGGAACCUCUCGGGUCUCCACAUAUCUCCUUUCCUAACAAUUCCUGUUCUUGACUUUAAAAUAAUUGAUCUGUUGGGGCCUCCCCACCUCCCCAUCCCAGACUUUGGAGGGGGUGGGAGUUGCAAGACAAAUCAAAAUAUGGAUGACAAAGAGGGAUCUAUACCCUAGGGAGGGGGCAGAGUUCUGAUUGCGGAGGUAUAGGAUGGGUCCUCUGCCUCCCAUUACUGUCUCUGACCUUCAGAGCUCAAACCCCUCCUUUCUCCUCAGUGGUGACGAGAUAUCAAUAAACUUAUUUUUAAUACAAUUA